AUGCUUGAAUCCUUCAGCCUUCCUUUACGCCCUGUGUUGGAGAGGCCGGCCCGUCCAGAUACCCUUCCGGUUGAGAUCGCGCAAAUCAACAGCCAAUGGGGCUCCUUUCGCGAAGUAAAUGAGGAGAUCCUUCAUAAUAAGAUGGCCGAGGAGAGAGAGGGCCUAGAUGUGCAAAAAUCAGAAGAUGAAGACAAUCCCAACCUGGCUGAGCAGCGGGAACAACUGUACAAGCGGCGCGCCGAGAUCAUUCAAUUCGCCAUGCAAUCGCAUGUGGAAACAUCCUUUGCUCUCAAUUUCCUUUCAGUGGUAUUGGGCAAGAAUGAUGACUCCAUUCCACCGUUCCUCAGAAAUUCCAUGCCAAACAAUGCACUUAAUUCUGAAGUCGUCCACCCUCCUCCGAAGCCAGAAUCUGCAGCUAAAGAUAUUUCGACGGUGAGCAGGGGUUGGAGGCUUCAGAACUUCCAAGCGGGUGCGAACAAGCUACUAAAAGCCGCCUCGAGACUUGAAGCUGAGGUCGCAUCGGAAGUACGGUACUGGGAUGAGUUGUUGACCAUCAGGGAUAAGGGUUGGCAGAUUUGCCGGCUUCCUAGUAGGAGGCAUACAAUGGCUGUUCAAUUAGGUUUUCUUCAAGCCUCUCCUUUUUACCGCGACCGUGGGCUGGCUCCUCUGCGGCGAGGAGAAGAUGGAACCCUCGUUUUGGACAAAGGACUUGUGCUCCCAGGAUCUCGCUAUGUCCGGGUUCGUGUGAAACAAGGCUCUUCCAUCUCCACUAGUACAAAACCGUCUUCAGCACCAAUAUCGAAUGACACAGAUUCAAUCGAACAUCGAAUCCUGCAAGCGCGUGACUCCUUGUUUGAAGAGGAAUUGUUCUACGAACUAUAUCGAGAGGCUAGAGCGAUGGCAAGCGGUGGCGUUACGACCCAUCAAAAUCUUCUUCAAAUUCCUAUCACCGGUGAUUUGGAAAUUAUGCUCGAUUUGGUGGAUGCCAAUGAUGCCGAUAUCCACCAAACCUUUUCAGGACCUCAUAGUUUGCUUGCGGAUGGGCUGGCGCACUCAAUCCGCAUUCUUCUCACAUUUUCCCAUCACCAGAAUCUUCGACGUCGCACACAAAUUCCACCACCACUGGGGCCCAAGAAGCGGCCGGUUCCAGAACAUUAUCUCAUUCGCCCCGCCCUCGCCUACCUUCAGCAUGUAUCGCAUGUACGCUGGAUUGAGGAGUUCCUGAACGACAUCUUUGGUGUCUGGCGGUCUUGUGGACUGGAAGAACCUCCAUUAAAAUCCAACACCUUCUCCAAACCACCUUCCCAAUCACUUCCCUCCGAAUCCACAUCUCCAUCCGAGGCACUAUUACAGCGCUUCGUCAUGCCACUCCAUUCAGUAUUUUCUUCUGGUUCUUUCAAAGUCACCAUGCGAACCAACCUAUCCGCACCUCCUUUCACUACAUUCUUUGACGUGUCUUUCACUUCGUCAAAAUUCCCCGAUCUUAAGUCCCCAGGCCACCUCAGCCUAAAGGCCGAUGUCGAGGCCUCUAUUACUCACCUAUUCCUCUUGGAGAUUGUCUCUCACAUUUCAGCCCAGGAACUUCCACCGUUGACUAGCCCUCCGUUGACUAGCCCUUCUGCCCCGAGUGACCCCGACAAGCGAUCAUGGCUUGCAGUUUACCCGCACAUGGGAGAACUUUUAUUGUCUAGCCACGAUGGCAAUUACAAGAAGAUGAAGGUCUCUCUGUCACGCCAUGGCCUUUCACUUUCCACCUUCAGUAUCCGGAACAUGGACCGUGUGGGGCGUGGCCCACAUGAACGUCAGGUCGAUUCGGAAACCCAUACGUGGACUUCGGCCAAUGAUUCAAACAAGCAGUCCAUGAUAGAUUUUGUUCUUGCCGAGGCAGCAUUUACACCGAAAAGUUAA